AUGUCUCUCGAUACCCUAGAACCAGGCGGACUGUACGUCGUGCUAUUCAUCCAGAACGUCCCACCUCCAAAGGACGACUUCCAUUGGGGGCUCUACUUGCACAAAUACAAAAACAUUGGUGGUACCAAGUACCACAUCUGGGAUCCCGACCGUGAUUGGGUAUGGGUCGCAGACCACGGCAUGACUACGGGACUGUUCAAAUCACACGCUUUGGUUGGACUCUUCCAGAUUGCGAGAGUGUCUCCGGAAUGGGAGUGCGAAGUUGAUAGAGCGGCUAGGAGCUUUGACGACUCCCUCAAUCAGCGCCCUGGAAUCGGCUGCGAUGUCUGGCUUUUUUGGACCCCUGCUCCCGGCAACGGAACCGUGGUUCUCAAGUGCAAAGAUCUGGAGGCUUUGAAGGCGGAGAUUCUGGAUUUUGCGAAUCAGAAUGCGCAAGCCGCAGCAAAGGCUGUGAGGCCCAGACCUAUCAUUAUGUCGAGACUGUGUGGACUCUAG